AAGAAACAGCUGUCAGCUGUUUGCGGCAUGAGGUUACGUCUUCUUCUCUGAUUACGAAAACUCUUAAAAAAUUUGAUUGAACACUUUUGAAUUAAAAACAAACAUAAAAUGUCAAAUAGCCACUUGUUUUUAAAGUCCGGCUUUCCAAGGGCUCCCCUGCAAAAUGGACUGGGUCGCUACGUUUGCCAGCUGCAGAGGAUAACACUGAAGUUCUGCAAGAAUAAUGGAUCCAGCAGGGGAAUGCGCGACUUUAUUGAGAACCAUUUGGUGGACUUUGCGAAGGAAAACCCCGGCAUCGUGGUCUAUGUGAAGCCCAGGCGCCAUCGCACCCCAGUUUUAGUGGGCGAGUAUUUGAAUGGAGAACGCGAGUGGCUUAGCUGCAGAAACAGCACGCAAGAGGAGAUCUCUAAGUGGAUUGACCUGCUAAAGACCCAGAACGGCAGUUCCAGCUCUCUACGACUGCGUAAAAUGUGGCACACAGAGGUUCCGUCCAUUCAGGGUCCGUGGACGCCAUUCCUUCUGCGUUCACCAGAAGCUCAAGGUCAAAUAUAUCCCAGUGAAGAGGCAUCUAAACCACUGGAGACACCACAAACCGCCACGGAGAAGCUUAUCGAACUGUUCCGGCAGCAGCAACUCGAGGCUGGCGAAGGAGCCCAUGAAGUUCUAAACAAAAAGCGGGCUGAGUAAACCAUAAACACAUAAAUUAAGACUUUUUGUAAUUGUUGCUUUAUUUUUAUAGUCAACAUAGUUUUGUUGGUAAACAAAUAAAUAUUUAAAAUCUAAA